AUGAUUCUACUUCGCCUUCAGCAGUUGAUAUUACUCGUAUUUGUUACGUACUUUAUAGCGCUGGCGACUGUGUGGACUAAGGUUUCGCGUGUUUUCAAGAUUACUCGAAAAGCAGAAUCCGAACUGGAUAACGAUACCCUCCUUCGUUUAGCAACCAACACCAAGAACAGCCGUAACAUCUUUAGAGCUCUUGCAUCUUCUGCACAAAGCAUGCUUUCCGGCAGAACGAGCUAUGACUACCACCUUUCUUUGGAUGAUGACGUCAACGAUAUGAGAGAAUUAGGAACUGUAAUGGGGCGCCGAUUUCAUUUGAGUGGUUUAGCAGACUGGAUAGAAGCUCCUCGCGACGCAGCCAAUCUGCCUCACAUCAUUCAGGCUACUCGUUCACAAGAUCCAUGUGAAAAGGAGUAUGCAUUCGGCGAAAUGUUGAAAGUAGUGGAGCGGUUGGACCCUCUCUCACAUAUAGCUCUUGUCGACUCUGCAUUAACUUGUGUUGUUGAGUGGAUAAGAGAGCGUCCGGUGAUAGAACGACAUGUAUCGAUGGUGCUGGAUCCUCUACCACUUCUCAUAGACUACGCAAGUAGACAUGAAACUUUGCGCAGACAUGUUGGCCCAAUGAUUGCAUAUCUCGUAAGAGAGCUCGGCUAUCCGGCUGUGACGAGCAAUCGAGCUGUUUUCGGCGUUGGCGUGCUGCUGGAGCGAGGCCUUAUUCCACAGGAUGCUCUUCGACAGCAGAUCAUUCCAAUUCUGUUCGAUCUCAUUGAGUCGAAAGGUGAUGAUCCUGGGAUGGAGGAUCGACGUGUGGAAAUAGCCGCGGUACUGUGUCGUGUUGUUUCUUCUGGAAUGAUCACCGACAAACGAUGGCUCUUCGAUCACUUUAUUGCCGACUAUAGCCGAUUCCUCGAACACCACGUGGUCCACAUUCGAAAAGCUGCAGUCGCAGUUCUGGCCGACUUGUCACGGAUAUUUGGUCAGAAGUUCACAGAACUGUUCGUCGUCCCACAUCUUUCAUACUUGUGCCUGGAUGCGAACUGGGGUGUUCGAAAAGCAGUUUGUGAAGUUUUCGUUGAGAUAGCGCGACAUACUUCUCCUGCUGUCCGACGUCUUCAGCUGGCACAAACGUUCGUUAAGCUUCUUCACGAUCCAUCACGAUGGGUUUGGUAUACUGCAUUCCAAGAACUUGGCCCUUUCAUUGCAACGUUCGCCAACUCAAAGCUAUCAGGAUUGAAAAUCAAGGAUGGACAGGUGUGCGAAUCGGAUGGACGGGAUCUGGAAAAUAUAGUUUCUGAUAUGGUAGAGUUCGACAAAUUACCUGCCGGGUGUUACAUGCCGGAGAAAGAAGCAGAAGAUGAAGAUGCAGACGAUAGCGGACAGGAAUCAGACCCCGGUGAAGAGGCUGAACAAUUAAUUGAUGGUCUUCAACAUAUGUUGGAUACGUGGACAGCUGGACAAAAGAAAACCUCGAUACACAGCGCACCUGCAAGUGUCAUCGAAGGAGAGGCGUCUGAUUCCGGGGAGGAGCAUGUGAGUAUUGCUGCCAAGUGCAACUCAUCAGAUGACUUAUCUAAGAUUGGUCUCGAUGAUGGCGAAAUUAACGGCGAUGAUCCGGAUUUGUUUGAUACGACGCUAACCAAUUUUUCAUUGGAUGAUGCUUUCAGCACAGAUGAAAACAGUUGUACUGCGCCAGAGCAAUCGACAAAUGUUCGCUCAGACUUCUCACUGGCUUCGUAUUGGUCAGAUCCAUACAAUUCGUUUGCAGAGGAUGACGAGUUGAUAGAAUUUGGAUCGUCGAAGUCCGUCCCAGGUGCGCGUUCUUUCUUAGAACGACGCUUUGAUGUGUUGUAUGUGUCACCAGAGCGAAACGUUACCCCUGUUGGCAGCCCUCUGCGAACACGAAGUAGGAGCGAGUCAGAGCGAACAAGUUCAGAAGGAGAUGAUAGAUGUACAUCAACGCAGAGAGCUCGCAAAAGUUCUCGAAAUAGUGUUCGAAGUGAUUAUUCGGAUAUAUUCGAGGACUGCAGAGGAGAGGACGACCAGAAUAUAGGCAACUUGAACGACAGCUCCGUGCAGAAAAUUGUCCCUCAAGAACUAGUGGAUAAUUUCAUGGGGAUGGUUCUCCCGGGCGGAAUGAUGGAUUCGGAUAUCAAUAGGCAUUGCGCUCACAAUUUUCCUGCUGUAGCAUAUACUCUAGGAAGAGCGAACUGGCCGCAGCUAAGGGAUACUUACAAUAAGCUCGCCACUGAUGAUCAGCUUCGAGUGCGCGUUUCAAUUGCGAAUUCUAUUCAUGAAAUGGCGGCUAUUGUUGGAGCACGUCACACUGACGAUGAUCUUCUUCCAGUGUUUCAUGCAUACAGAGAGGACGCAUUCGAAGUGCGUGUUGGGCUGUUGAAACAUCUUUUUGAAUUCUAUCGGUGUUUAUCGCCAGAGACGCGUAAGGGUAUGAUUGAUGCUCUGCCACAGUUUAUGCCGAUGGAUAACUCGAUGCUGAAUGGGAACUGGAGAUAUCGGCACGAAUUCGCCAAGCAGUGCAACAAGCUUUGCGAAAUGUACGGGAUCGAGGAGAUCAAUAGAACAAUGAGCGCUAUCGCACUAACUCUUGCAAAUGAUCGAGUAUCUGAAGUUCGCAAAGAAGCUGUUCAUCUUUUGUCGCAAAUCCUUGCUCGGCUGGUGGAUCAUGAAUGGUCAGACUUGACGAACAAACAGGAAUCCAGCGUGGACGCUUCAUCUCACACCACGUUGACUGAGCUUUUCGUACAUGAUCUGGUUAGCGGAUUUGCGAAUACGCAGAAAUGGACACGUCGUCAAACAUUCGCUUACGUAUGCGAACGCGUCCUCCUCGAUCAUGCGUUGUCCAUGGAACAGUUUCGAUACUUCUUACUUUCUCAUCUGAUUGCAAUGGCUGACGACAGUGUUGUCAACGUCCGAAUAGCUGUGUGCCGUGCCCUUUCGCUUUGCGACUCUUCCCUGCACUCGCAUGCUAUUGCAGGCGACUCGAGAAGACUAGCCCCGUUAACAGUCAACACAGUGUUAGAACGGUUGGCAGCAGAUACCGACAUGGAUGUGGCAAGAGCUGCUCGGCAAGCAUUAGGUCAAACAACCGGUACCGAAACGAUCGACAUCUCAAUGCGAGGUUUUCGAAUUAGGGAAAAGGAGAACGCUUUUCUAGAUCUUCAGUUAGUAGAUAAUUUCGAGGAAGACGAUAUGAGUUUAUGUUCCGACUAUACGAGUGGAACGCCUGUUCGACAAUCGCAAAUAGGGUUCCCUUAG